AUGGCUACAGAAAAGAAACCGUACUGCAAAAGUCUCGUCCUUGAUGCAGGCCCAUUGCUCUCCCUUUCCCCUCUCCGAGGCAUUGCCGAAUCAUACUACACUGUCCCCCAAGUUUUAGCGGAGUUGAAGGAUAAAAAUGCCAAAGAGCACUUGGAGCGUCUUGGUUUAAAUUUCGGUAUCAAGAUUGAGGUGAAGAAUCCUGAUCCAGCUAGUUUGGCUUCUGUGAUCCAGUGGGCAAAGAAAACAGGCGAUUAUGCUGUUCUUUCGCAUCCAGAUUUAUCUGUCUUGGCUUUGACACAUACGCUACAAGUGCGGGCAAAAAGGGAUGCUGAAAUUAAAGCGAGUAUCCAAAUCACUGCUGUUCCUACAUCACCUCAGGAUCAGAGCACCUCUGCAGAACUUGAAACAGCUGUAGAGUCCCUAGCAAUAGACGAUACCGCUGACGGCCCCACAGCCGAGUAUCCUGAUGGAUCCGUAGCUGAUGAAGGCGAAGACACUACGGAAAGAGAACCCUUGAAUGUAGAGCUUCAUCCAAUAGAAGAAUCUCCCCAGCCCGUUGCCUCCGUUCCAAUAUCUGCACCCUCACCCGAUGUACCGCUCUACGAUGAUCCUUCAGAUUCCGAUGACGGCGAAGGGGAAUGGAUUACUCCCGCUAAUGUUGCCUUACACAAAUCCCGAGCACUAGAUCUUUUACCGAGUGGAGGCCAGGAGAAGAAAGGCAAAGGACACAAGAAGGAGGAGGUCGUUGAUGUAGGAUGCAUGACGGCGGAUUUCGCUAUGCAAAAUGUGUUGAUGCAGAUGGGACUCAACCUGGUUGGUACAGAAGGAAAGAGGAUACAGAGAGUGAAGACUUGGGUUCUCAGAUGUCAUGCCUGCUUCAAAAUAUGCAAGGACGCCUCGAAACAAUUCUGUCCUUCAUGUGGAAAUCCAUCGCUUAUCCGUGCUUCGGUAACAAUCGCAUCACCAAACGCCUCUUCCGACGCUCCCGCCAUGCAGAUCCACCUUAAACCUAAUUUCCAGUACAAACUCCGCGGUACAAAAUAUUCGAUACCUGCACCCAAACCUGGUUCUGCAAAACAUGGCUCAGGAGAAGGUCUCAUCUUGAGAGAAGACCAGGUCGAGUAUAUGAGAGCUAAAAAGCGAAUGGAAGGAAAACAGGAACGGGAGGAAGCACGAAUGAUGAAGGGUUUACUGGAGAGGAGUGCGAAAGGCGAAGGAGGUGUCGCGGUGGGUAGUUGGAUGGAUCCGGAUUGGGUACCGGAGAUUAUAUCUGCUAGUGCAGGUGGUAAGGGCCGGACGACGAGAUCGAAUGGAGAUCUACCUAUCAUUGGGUAUGGGCGUAAGAAUCCCAACGAAAGAAGGAGAAACAAAAAGUAG